CGUAAAGUCACUAUCAACCGAGUGCGACAAAUGCCGGUGUGUAUAUAGACCCCCAUUAAAUUGGAUCAUUGCAACUGAUACUUUUAGGGUCUAUAUAUAAAAUAAACUUAUACCAAUUUAUAUAAUUCAAUUGAAAAUAAUAAACUGUGUCAUAUAAUUUUGUUAUGACUCUUACAUUUAUCCCCGGAGAAGUGAAUAAAAGUCCGUAUUCUGUUCAACAAGUUAUAUGGAAACAAUUUCAUAUCAUUGUCUAUGGUUCAGGAAAUAAUCUUAUAAUCUUAAGUGGAAAAUUAACUAAUUUUAGUAGUCAUCUUAAUGUAACUGCUAGUAAUAUUAAUAGAAAUCUUCAAACUAUAUAUCUUGAACAAGAUCCAAUUGCUAUUGAUAUUAAUCCAGAAAAUGGUUUAAUUGCUAUAUCAUUAAAUAGUAAAAUAAUUAUUUAUAAACCGGCUAAUGAAUAUAUGUUAAAACCUCAAUGGACUCAAGCAUUAGAAUUUAAUGUUGAAGAUAAUUAUCAUAUAAAUUGUUUAAAAUGGGCUCCAAUAGAAGAUGAAUUAAUUGUGGGAACGAAUAAUUCAUUAAUUCUAUAUCAUAUAUAUAAUGAAUUUGGAAUUAUAAAAUAUAAUAAUCGAUGGUAUUCUCAACAAACUAAUAGUAUAACUGAUGUUAAAAUAACUAAAUCAGGUAAUAAAAUUAUGACAACUAGUGGAACUUAUGAUCGAUUAUUAAAAGUAUGGUCAAGAAUUAAUUAUGGAGAUGAUAAUACAUUAUUUGAAUUAAGUUAUUUAAAUCAUCCUAAAGAUACUUUUAUUCUUGAAUUUCAUUGGAGAAUUAGUUGUGAUCAUAGUGAUUCUAAAUCCGAUGAUAAUAAUAAUAAUAAUAAUAAUAACAAUAAUAGCAAUAAUAAAAAAAGAAUUACUGAUAGUGCAAUGGCUGGUAUAAAGAAUAUUCGAGGUUAUAUUGAUAAUAAUGAUGAAGAUGGUGAAGUGAUUUAUACUUUAACUAAUGAUUAUCAAUUUCAUGUAUGGGCAUCUCAUGAAUUUAGUGGUCAUAGUCAUAUAAGUAAUUGGUCAACUUUAGAUUUAAGUCGAUCAUUUGGUAAAAAUGAUCAAAUUGCUUGUACAAUAAUAAUUGAAAAUUAUUAUCUUGAAAAAUCUUUAAUACCUCAUUUAAAGGAUGCUGCAUUAUCUGCUUUAGGAAGUUUAGAACAUUUUGAUUUAUUAUUAGUUGUAUCAAAAUCAGGUAAAGUUAUAAUUUAUACUAUUGAAAAUGUUACAACAACUCCAUUAACCAAUGUUAAAUUUACUCAAUUAAAUCCUCAUAUAACUUAUAAAUUUGAUAUAAAUACUUUCCCAACAAGUCUGUAUGAUCUUGGGAAUAUUCAAUUACAAGAUGAAGAAUUAACUAUUAAAAAUAUUACAUCAGAAGAAUUUAUAAUUAAUCAUAUAAAACCUAUAUUAAUAUCGGAUAUUUCUUAUGCAAUUGCCACUCAAGAUUUUUCACCAAUUUCUUUACUUAUUCAUGAUAGAGUUAAAAAUACAAUUAGAUUUAAUGUAUUAGAUUUUGAAAAUAUAAUAAAUCCAACAAAUGAAAAAAUUCAAGAUUUAGGUUCAGUAUUAAUAAAUAAAUUACAAGGUCAUACAAAAUCAAUUAGAAAACUUAUAAAAUCAAAUUCUUCAUUUACUAAUCGAAAUAUAUUAUUAUCAGUUCUGAAUUUUCCUGAACAUAAUUAUAUUUGGGAACCAAUCAUUCUUAAUAUAUCUAAUGCUAAAGUUAUGUCAUUAACUAAAAGAUUUAGAUUAAAUGUUAAAGCUGUGAAUGAUAACGAUAAUGUUAAUGUUAAUGUUAAUGAUAUUAAUUUAAAUACUCCUUCAGGGAUUUGGACUGCAGUAAUAAUUAAUGAUAUUGAACCACCAAUUGGAACUUCAAGAAGACAUUUAGUUGUUUCUAUUGAUAAAAAUAGUGUAUUAAGUUUUUGGGAUUGUAAUGGAUCAACUAAAGAUGAUCAACCGGCUGAUUUAAUUAAUACAUUAGUUAUAAUGGAUAAUUCCAAUGAAAGAAUUAUUAUUGAACCUCAAGCAUUUGUAUUAACUACUUUACCAUCAAUAAAUAUUAAUAUAAAAGAAUAUUGUCUUGUGGCUAUUUAUAAUAAAACUUUAAUAAGAGCUUGGAAAAUUUCAAUUCAUUAUUCUUCUGGUAAAACAUUUGAAUCAAUUGAUUUUUGUAAUUUAAAAAUUGAAGGUUUACCUCAUAAAGAAAAUAUUCAUCAAUUAGUUACUAUAGAUAAUUUUAUUAAUGCAAUUGAAAGAAGUUUAAUUGCAGUAAUUGAUGAAGAAGGUUUACUUCGAAGUUUUGCAUUAAAUCUUUCUAAUUUAGAUUCAGGAAUUAUAUCUUGGAAAGAAACUCAUUCUGUUCAUACUAAUAUAAAAACUGCUAGUAAAAUUCAUGGUGCAACAUUUAUUAAUAAAUUAGCAGUAAUUGAUCAAUUUGGUACAAAUCUUACAAUUUGGAAUAUGAGAUCAGGAGUUUUAGAAUAUUCAGAAACUUUUCCUCAAAAUUAUGGACAAGUAAGAGAUAUUGAUUGGACAUUUAUUAAUGCAUCAAAGGAAAAACUGACAUCAAAUGCUAUAUUAUCAAUUGGAUUUGAUAGAUUUGUUUUACUUUAUACUCAAUUAAGAUAUGAUUAUACUAAUAAUAUUCCAACAUUUGCUAUGUUAAAAAAAAUUGAUAUAUCUGAUUUUACAUCUCAUGAAAUUGGAGAUCUGAUUUGGUUAAAUGAUGGAUAUUUAAUAAUUGGUAGUGGGAAUCAAUUUUUUAUUGAUGAUAAAUGGAUUAAAUUAGGUUCAGGAAGUCUUGAUACAACCAUAAGACAAUUAAUGAUAGGUUAUACUAAAACAGGAAUUCAACUUGAUAAUCAUGAUCAUGAUGAUGAUGAUGGAGGUUAUAAAAGAAUUGAUAAAUCAACUGAUGAAUUAGUUUAUGAUAUAUCUCAUUUAGUUAGAAUUCUUAAUGGUCCCUUACCAAUUUAUCAUCCACAAUUUUUAGUUCAAAGUCUUUUUAUGAGUCAAAUUAAAUUAGUUCAAGAUAUUUUAGUUAAAUUAUUUCUUGAUAUUAGAAAGGGAGAUCCAAUUUCUUGGGAUUUAAAUUUAGAUAUUACAAAAGAAAUAAUGGAUAUUGAAAUGACAUCUAAACAUUCAGGUGGAGGUCAACAAACUCCUAAAACAGAAUUUCUUCAAGCUGGUAGAAGAUUUAGUGUAUCACUUGAAGUAUUUAAAAAUUUUGAUUCAAGUUUAGCAGAUAUGUUAAUUGAUAAAUUAAUGAGAGUUUCUUUACCAUUAUUAACUAGACAUCAACAAAGUACUUUAAUUUCAAUUAUUACAAUAGUAAAAGAAUUAAAACAAUAUACAUUAUCAUUAGAUGAUAAUGGAGUUCGAUUCUUUAUUGGAUUUAAAUUAUUUCAAUUAUCAACUAAACAAACAAGAUUAUCUAUGAGAGAUAUUAAUUGGGCAUUACAUAGUGAAAAUAAAGAAAUGUUAUUAAAUAUGGUUGAAGAUUAUUUUAAAAGUAGAUUAAAAUGGGAAAAUAUUCGUCAAACAGGUUUAGUAUUUUGGGUUCAUACUGAUAGAUUAUUAAAACUUAUAGAAUCAGCUGCAAGAAAUGAAUUUAGUGAUACAAGAGAUCCAUCAGGUAGAAUUUCUUUAUUCUAUUUAGCCCUUCGAAAAAAGCAAAUCUUAUUAGGAUUAUGGAGAACAGUUAGUCAUUCAGAAAAGCAAAAAAUGUUAAACUUUUUAAAUAAUGAUUUUAAUGAAAAACGGUGGAAAUCAGCAGCAUUAAAGAAUGCCUUUGUUUUAUUAGGUAAACAUAGAUUUAUUGAUGCAGCAUAUUUCUUCUUAUUAGGAGAUUCUGUUAAAGAUUGUUGUGCAACUCUUGCUAAUAAAGUUAAUGAUAUUCCAUUAGCUAUAGCAAUUUCAAAAAUAUAUCAUGCAUCAGAUCCCAAAAAUUCUGGAUCUGAUACUAUACAUUUUAGUGAUAGUUUAAGAUUAAUAAUUGAAAAUUAUAUAUUACCAGAAUCAAUUCAUAAGGGAAAUAAAUGGACUACUAGUUGGAUAUUUUGGCAAAUGAAUCUUAAAGAACUUUCUAUUCAAGCUCUUGUUAGAUCACCCUUAGAAAUGAUUGAAAGUAAUAAUGAUAAAUUUUCAGAAACUUGUAGAAAUAAUUAUAUUAAAAAUAUAUCAAUUUCUACUAAAGGUCAAAGUUUUUUAAGAGAUGAUCCAGUUUUAAUUCUUCUUUUUAAUGAUUUAAGACAAAAGAAACUGAAUUAUUUAAAGGGUUCAUUAGGAAUUAGUCUGCUUGAAGAAUUUGAAUUUAUUAAAAGAGUUUGUGCUAUAUAUACAAGAAUGGGUUGUGAUUUCUUAGCAUUAUUACUUGUUAGAAAUUGGAAUUUUAUUAUUAGUGAAAUAAAUAAAUCUUCAACCAUUAAUACAGGUAAUGGAUCUUUAAAGAAUGGUGUAUCACUUAUAGAUCAUGAACUACUUAAUGGAACUAGUCAAGUACCUAAUUUAUUGGAAUCAUUUACCGAUGAAAAUAAUAAUAAUAAUAAUAAUAAUAAUAAUAAUAAUACUCAAAAUAAAUUUACAAAUAAAGCACCCCCACCUCAAGUAGUAUUUGAAGAACCAGAUAUGAGUUCAUUUAAUUUUGGGUUUUAAAAAUAUGCAUAGAUAGUUUAAAAUCAUAUAUUUAUAUAUUUAAUCAUAAAAUCGUCAAGUCUAUUAUUUUCAUUAUUAGUUUUAUUUAAUGUUACUUAAAAUACGUUAUUAGUUGAUCGUAAAACAGUAGUAAGUAAAUCUAUAACAUUACCCCAAGAUUC